CUCUUUCUUUAUCUAGUAUUGCAUCCGACAUUCGGUCUAUGAAAGAAAAUCAAUUAACAUAUCCUGUCAUUGUAGUAGUCGUUUACAACAAUAUUUCAUACAGAAAUAACGGCUUUAGUUUGCUGAAUUGAAGACAUUUGCGCGGCAUACAAUGUUGAAAUUAAUAAUAUUCGCCUUUCUCGCCGGGGCUGCCUGGGCCAGUGAUGUGAUUGAAUUCACGGAUGACGAUUUUGACAGUAAUAUCGGAGACCACCCGCUUAUCCUUGUGGAAUUCUUCGCGCCAUGGUGUGGCCAUUGUAAACGAUUAGCUCCUGAGUUCGACGCGGCCGCCACCCGUUUAAAAGGCAUUGUCUCAUUGGCUAAGGUUGACUGCACAGCCAACAGCAACGUGUGCUCGAAAUACAAGGUCAGCGGCUACCCAACACUGAAGAUAUUUAGAGAUGGGGAGGACUCUGGUGCCUAUGAUGGUCCUAGAACUGCAGAUGGAAUUGUCAGCCAUCUAAAGAAGCAGGCAGGCCCAGCUUCUGUGGAAAUCAAGACAGUAGCCGAGUUUGAGAAGUAUGUUGGAGGGCGUGAUGCCAGUGUUAUUGGUUUCUUUGCUGAUGGGGGAAGCCCUGCCCAAGGAGAGUUCCUCAAGGCAGCCAGUGCACUUAGGGAGUCCUACCGCUUUGCACAUACCAACUCUGAGGAGCUUCUCCAGACACACAACAUCGAGGGAGAGGGAAUCCUUCUGUUCCGCCCACCUCGUCUGAGCAACAAAUUUGAAGAAAGCACAGUGUCUUUCGACUUGGAGAAAUUCACCAGUGCAAAUAUAAAGAUGUUCAUUCAGGACAACAUUUUUGGUAUUUGCCCACACAUGACUGAGGAUAACAAGGACCAACUGAAGGGCAAAGACCUGCUGGUGGCCUACUAUGAUGUGGACUACGACAAAAACCCCAAGGGCUCCAACUACUGGAGGAAUAGAGUGAUGAAAGUGGCUAAGAGCUUCCUGGAUCAGGGGGAGAAGAUGAACUUUGCUGUGGCCAGCAAGAACAGCUUUAGCCAUGACAUCUCAGAGAUGGGUUUAGAUGCCAGUACAGGGGAGGUGCCCGUGGUCGCUAUCCGCACUGCCGCCGGAGACAAAUUUGUUAUGUCUGAGGAAUUCUCUCGUGACGGAAAAGCCCUGGAGCGUUUCCUACAGGACUACUUUGAUGGCAAGCUGAAGCGCUACCUCAAGUCUGAGCCCAUACCAGAGAACAACGAUGGACCAGUCAAGGUUUUGGUGGCUGAGAACUUUGAUGCCAUUGUCAACGAUGACAGCAAGGACGUGCUGAUUGAGUUCUAUGCUCCCUGGUGUGGCCACUGCAAGAGCCUGGAGCCGAAAUACAAAGAGCUGGGAGAGAAGUUGUCCAGUGAUCCCAGCAUUGUCAUUGCCAAGAUGGAUGCCACAGCCAAUGAUGUGCCAUCCCAGUAUGAUGUCAGGGGAUUCCCUACCAUCUAUUUUGCUCCAGCUGGACAGAAGAAAAGCCCAAAGAAAUAUGAGGGAGGCCGUGAGGUCAAUGACUUUAUCGCAUACCUGAAAAAGGAGGCCACCAACCCACUGGUGGCCCAGGAGGAGCCUAAAAAGAAGAAGAAGAAGACUGAGCUAUAAAUACCGUUCAUCACUGAACCAACAUCCUGCGGAGGGAAAUAUCCUGAUGGAGAACUAAACUAUAGUUACAAAUCUUUUAGUGAACUACGGAAAUGCUCUGACCCCAGUUGCAAUGAAGGGCCCUUCCUUGGGUCCUGCUGCUGUGGGAACACUGUGGAGGGUGGUGGACAGAGCCUACCUGAUUUAAAUGUAUGGAAGAGGGAAGGCUUUCAAAUCAAGAUUAUUUCCCUGGUCUGUACCUCAGACUGAUGCACUUUGGUUUGAGACCAAUUCCAGUCAUUUAUUGCUUAGUUUUGUUUUACUGGAUGAGGGGGGUUUAUGGUGAAUUCCGUUUGUCUGUUUUGUACCACAUCUUUGUUUUUGUACAUUUGGAAGGAUUGUGAAAUAAAAAGGCCCACAAAACCAA